AUGGCUACCCCUAGUGUCCUCACUUUUGACGCUGAGGGUCGGGCCAUUGACUUUGACGUCUGGAUAGAUGACCUGCAGCUUUUCUUACAGUGCGACAGAGCAGACGGCCUCUCCCUCUUUGACCUCACUUCUGGUGCCUCUCCUGCCCCCGCUGCUGAUGCUGACGCCACCGUUCGCUCACAGUGGGCCACGCGCGAUGCUGCUGCACGUCUUGCUGUGCGUCGCCACCUCCCUACCUCUGAGCGUGCGCACUUUAGCCAGUACAAGAGUGCUCAGACCUUGUACGACGCUGUAGUUGCACGCUACUCCUCCCCUGCCACUGCUGCACUGAGCCGCCUCAUGCUACCGUACCUCUUCCCUGACCUUGCUGCCUUUCCCACAGUCGCUGACCUCAUUACGCACCUCCGCUCUAGUGACACUCGCUACCACGCUGCGCUUCCUGCUGAGUUCUGCGCCAAGAACCCCCCCCCCAUGUACAUCACCCUCUACUACAUAGUCACCCGUCUCCCUGACUCCCUUCGCGUAGUCAGGGACCACUUCCUCUCGGUUUGUCCCACCACUCUCACCGUUGACCUCCUCGAGAAGGCCCUCCUAGCAGCAGAAAAGAGCAUAGUCGCUGUAGGAGCCUCUCGUGGUGACCCUCGCACCCCCAUCUUUGAGGGGUGUUCCCCCUCCCCUCUUUUGCCCUCUGUUGCCUCUGCUGCUGCGGCCGACCUCGCUGGUUUGGAGUCGGUUGGGGCAGCGUCUACCCCUAGCGGGAGACGCCGCCCUGGCAGGGGCAAGGGGGGCAGGGGCACUGGAGGAGCUAGCGGGGGCGGUGGAGGCGGCGGUGGAGGUGGUGGAGGAGGUGGGGGUGGCGGUGGGAGUGGUGGCGGGGGUGGAGGUGUAGGUGGCGGCAGUGGAGGCGCAGGAGGCAGCGGCAGUGGCGGAGGGAGCGGAGGUGGCGGCGGUGGAGGAGGAGGAGGAGGAGGAGGUGGAGCUGGUCGGGGUGGCGCUGCGCAGAGGGUCAGCUCCGGUGGUGGUCAGCGCCAGCAGCAGCAGCAGCAGCAGCAGCAGCAGCGCACUCGUGACUGA